UCCAACGUCUACACCCGCUUCCGUUCGCAUCACACUUGUUGAACGACUAGACAGCCUCUCAUCCAUCAAUCGACAACAAGCGGUGACUUGCCUGUCCGACUCUAGCAACGCCAGCAAAACAAAGACGCAUACUCGGCAGGCCCGACAAUCAGGCAGCGACAUAGAUGAGCAUACAAAGAUUCCCAUGAGCAAUAGCGCCAAACAGGACGCAUCGCCGUCUCUCGAUGCACUGCGCGAGGCCGUUUAUCAAGCACAAGCAACCAAACCACGGACUGCGCAACGCUCAAAACUCAGCCAUGCAGUCAGCGCUGGUAGCCCACUCUCGUCGAGCGGUACACCAGAAUCUCUGGGCAGAUCUGGUCUUUCUAGUUCCUCAUCCGGUACCAUUGCUGGCAAUGGACCCUUGACGAGUUACUUCCCACACAACAGAUCCCCUGCGCCCAAAGCAGACGGCUCCAAUGCGUCCACGCCGCGGCAUUUUCAACCCAUGGGGCAACCGAGCGCUUUUGCUGCAUUGGAAUCAGAGUACCCGAGUCCGAGCGUAUAUGAUCUGACUCUCAUCUUGUCCUCUGACGUGGGCCUCGAUAAGUUUUGGGAUAAUAUCGUGGAAAUCUUCAAGGAUCACUAUCGCGCAGACCGCAUCACCUUGUCUGUCCCGUAUGACUUGACGGAUAUCCGUAGUACGCCGUGGGGACUGAAGGCGAUUUGGAAUGCCGAAACGACAAGUCAUUUCCCUUCACAACGAAAGCGUUCCACCCACUCAACAAAAGGUUCUGAAGAGUGGGAAUCAAUGGAGGACUAUUACCUCGAAGACAAUUCAUCAUGUUCUCGCAGGACUAGUGAAAGUGUCGCCGCAACGCCCGCAGCUGCAGAUCAAGCAAAUCUACACGGCGUCAUGUUCAAUACUUUGCAAAAACUCAAUCUCGAAGAGCAGCCACUUCUCAACGACGGUGGUGUUGCCAAGGUUCUUGAGCGGGAGGGUAAAAUUGUCGUGCUGAGUCGUGAAUACAGAGAUGUGUUUGGGCAUAUGGAAGCACAGGAUACAACACCAGGCGAUACAAUCUUUCCUGGUCGAGAGACAUUACUGCGGCGAGAACAGCAGAUGCAACCAAAACUACGCAACCCACUCGAGAUGACCGCUCCCGAAAUCGCAAGUGGUGUUGCCUUUCGCAAUAUCGCCUAUGAGGAUUAUGAGCAGCCUGUUAGUUCACCCUGGGCGCAAUCGCCUGCGCCGUCGCCAGCAAUUUUGAAGGACGCCAUGUCGAAUCCUUUCUUCCAGCCAGACCAGGCGCCUCUUGUUGAUGAAAAUGCAUUCAGCCCCUCAAGCGAUGGACCCGACCACUACGACAGCCAAGAAUGUUUCGAGGCACUCGGCAUGGAAGGUGUCAAUUCAGUCAUUCACAUUCCGCUCGUUCAUCCAUCGACCGCACGCGCCAUUGCGAUUGCUGGUUACAAGGAGGCAAAAGGUCAUAUCCCCAUUGGCAUCUUGUCCUUCAUGUCCUCAGCAACACCCUACCCGGCAAACUUGAUAGAGAGUCUUUCUGCAUUUGCGCCACUUGUUGCUACACACAUGUCACUGGCGCAAAGUCACGCCAACAUCCUCCAUCAACUGGCCUAUGCACCACGACCUGUUGCGAGACGCAGUGUCUCUGGACCUUGGAGUCCUGAUAGUGAUGCGCAGUACAGUAAUUCACGCUCACCCUCUAGUGAAUCCAUGAUGCAAGGUACACCCAUGUCAGGAUCAAGCGCCGACCACUACUUUGCUCGUGCGGGACAUUUGAGGCGUGGGCAGAGUGAGGAUAAUGUACGUGAGGCUGCUGCAGCGGCGGCAUUGACGGCACAGCAAUCUGCGAGUGUUGCGCAACGUUCUAAUCGGCCACAGUUAUUGCACCGUGCCACAUCGUUACGACAACCUCCAAGCAGUACAUUGGCUGAAAAGGCAUCCGACGAGGCUGCCUCCGUAUCAGCAUCAGCAACAGCGGCGUCUGGCAACCGUCAACGAUCACCACGUUCUUCACCUUCACCGCGUCGGCGCAAACGAACGAAUAGCAGAACACUGCUCCAUUCAUUUGGCGCGAAUUUGAGUUCAAGCUUUCACCCAAGUUCGAGCAUCACACACCCUGCAAAGGGCGAAAAACGGCCGCGCUCUUCGAAAUUGCCACAACCGAGUCCAAGAUUGAUGAAUGUCAUCAUCAAUGCCAUCCCGACCUGCGUCUUGACUGCUUCGCCACUCAAUGGACAGAUAACUUGGGUGAAUGAGCGCAUCUUGGCGUAUACUGGACAAACACCUGAAGAGCUCAUGUCAACGCAGUGGGAGUGUCUGCAUCAAGAUGACAGAGUCGCAUACAAGCAAGGUUGGCAGGAUGCAGUCAUGACUGGUGAAGGGUUUACACGACAAGCGCGGAUGCGUCGCUUUGAUGGUGCGUAUCGAUGGUUCAUGACGCGUGCUGUGCCGUUACGCGAUUCACAGGGGAGUUGCGUGCAUUGGUUUAGCAUCAUGAUGGAUAUUCAUGACCAAAAGCUAGCAGAGUUUGAUGCCUCACAGCAAGCGGAAACGGCAGCGAGUGAGAGUAAAUACCGAUCCUUGGCAGAAGCGAGUCCACAGAUUGUGUUUGCCGCAACAGCCAAGGAAGGCAUCACGUAUGCCAAUACGCAAUGGCUCAAGUACUCUGGUCAAGAAGCCAAUGAUGCACUGGGUCUUGGAUUUCUCAGUCAUGUGCAUCCUGAGGAUCGAGCAAAAUCCACCAUUCCAGCAGAUAUCCCUGCGUCGUCAGACGAGCCCAUUACGCGAGAACUACGGCUACGGAACCACCUAGGUGAGUAUCGUUGGCACCUGGUGCGCUGCGUGCAAGUGGACAAGGCAGAGUCGUCACAAGCGCAAAUGUGGCUCGGCACAUGUAGUGACAUUAACGAUCACAAACUCCUCGAGGUUCGCUUGAAGGAUGCGAGUGACUCUGCAACCAAAUCGAUGGAGUCCAAGACACGCUUUUUAUCGAAUAUGAGCCAUGAGAUUCGAACUCCCCUGAUUGGUAUCACGGGUAUGGUCAAUUUCUUGCUUGAUACGACCUUGUCAACAGAGCAACUUGAUUAUGCGCAUACGAUUCAGCAAUCUGCUGAAGCACUCCUGGCGGUCAUCAAUGACAUUCUCGACUUGAGCAAGGUGGAGGCUGGCAUGAUGAAACUCAUCAAGGAGCCAUUUCCUGUGCGUGAUAUGGUGGAGGAUGCUAAUGAAUUGCUCUCUACACUUGCCAUGUCGAAGCAGCUUGAGCUCAACUACAUGGUUGAAGAGGAUGUUCCCGAUGUGGUCGUUGGUGACCGUAUUCGAUUGCGCCAAGUAUUGCUCAAUAUCCUCGGGAAUGCCAUCAAGUUCACAUCCUCAGGCGAGGUAUUUACACGAUGCUUCGUUGUGAACAAUGCCGAGCUGCAGCCAGACGAAGUGAUGGUUGCAUGGGAAGUGAUUGACUCAGGCCCUGGCUUCUCAAAGGAAGAAGAGGCGACUAUGUUCAAGCCCUUUUCACAACUCGACGGUUCACUCACCAGAAAACACGGUGGGACAGGUCUUGGCCUCGUCAUCUCCCGUCAGCUUGUUGAGCUGCACGAAGGCAAAUUAUCGUGUACAAGCACAAAAGGCGCUGGCAGUACAUUCACGUUUACAGCCAAGUUCACCGUGCCUCAAGGUGGUCUAUUGCAAGAACGAGAAGCAAGGCAAACACUUGCUCGCGAAGCGAGUUCACGGUCUGCGACGCCGGUUCGAGAGACGGGUGCUCCAAUAUUACCGACUGGAGAUCUCACACUUCCCCGGCUGUUGCCUGAGACGAGUGCACCUGACUAUGAAAUUCUCAUUGUUUCGCAUACGGUGUACAGUAUUGUUGCGCUGAAUCAUCAUGUUCGGGUAACGGUUCCUCGGCAUGCACAAUCAACAAUUAUCACCUCGGAUCAUUUCGAGGCUGCUUUGUCUGCUGUGACGCGCGAUUCGACGCAACGAGCCUUCACUCACAUCAUUAUCAAUGUACUCGACAUAUCCCAGAUUCUGCAAAUGGUCCUGGCACUCCGGCGAACCGAUGGCUAUGCGACCUGCAAGCUGAUUGUGGUCACAACACCCGUCUCACGAAAUCUCAUCCUCGAGUCUGCGGCUGAAGAGCAAGUGCCAGUGGAUCCCGAGCAGGUGAGUUUUGUGUUUAAGCUGGUGAAGCCGAGCAAAUUCAGCCAGUUCUUUGACCCAACAAGCGAAAGGUGUGAGUCUGCAGAUGCUCGCAGGCAGACUGCACAGCAAGUGGUGAUGAAGCAAAAAGCAGUCUUUGACACGAUCUCCGCAGAUGUUGGGCAUCGUGGCUUGACGGUCCUGCUGGUAGAGGACAACCCUGUCAAUCAAAAAGUCAUGAGCAAGUUUUGCAAAAAGUCUGGACUGGCUGUCGACCUGGCAAAUGAUGGUAUCGAGUGCCUGCGGCGGUAUGAAGAGAAUCCGGCACGGUACGCCCUUGUACUCAUGGAUUUACACAUGCCCAACCUAGAUGGCUAUCAGGCAUGUACGCGGAUCAGGGAGCUAGAGCGAGCGGCAAAUGUUCUGCGGCCGGGGAAACCGCCGAUACCCAUUAUUGCGCUGAGUGCCAAUGUCAUGACGGAUGUCGCUGAGCGGUGCAACGCGGCUGGAUUCACGGCAUAUCUCAGCAAGCCUGUUGCGUUCCAGACGCUCUCGGAGAAGAUUGCACAGCUGGUCUAGGUAUAUUCCUUGUAGAAGCAGCCCUUUCCUGG